AUGAGAAGAAACAGGAAUAGCGGAAGAGGUAAACCAAAUUUCAGAAAGGAAAGGAAGAAUAAUGAAAACGAUGGAAGAUGCUACGAAUGUGGUAAACAUGGACACAUUCAAGCUGACUGUCCAGAUCUGAAAAAGAAGCUGAGCAGGAAUCUUCAAAGGAAGAAGUCUUUUGGAACCUGGAGUGAUGAAGAAGAAUGUGAUCAUGAAGAAAGUGCAAAUAUGUGCUUCAUGGCCCUAGAAGAUGACAACAAUGAAGAAUCAGGAGAACGUGGAUUCUCAGGAAACAGAAGAAUAAAUGAAGAAGAAGACUCAGAGCAACUUGGUCUCAUGGCAGAUGAAGGAGCUAGUGAGGAACAACGCAAGAAGAAUCGAAAAGGAAAAUGGUAUCUCGACAGCGCGUGUUCCAGACAUAUGACUGGUGACAAACAACUUUUCAAAACAGUCACUAGACUAGAUGGAGGAAUAGUUACAUUUGGAGACAAAUCCAAAGGAAAUGUAAUUGGUGUUGGAAAAGUUCCUCUAAGUCCAACAUGUGAUGUAGAUGAAGUUUACCUUGUUGAUGAACUCGGCUACAAUCUUCUCAGCAUUAGUCAACUAUAUGAUAAUGAUUAUGAGGUUCGUUUUAAGAAACAUGGUUGGUUCAUAGAAGAUGAAUCAGGUAAAAUCAUCCUUUCAGGGUAG